AUGUCAAAUGAUGCCCACAUAAUCAACGCUAUCACCGGUGAGUCCGUGUCAACAGAUCUUAAGUUCUUCAUGUCAUUAGAUGACUUUAAACGCUUUAUUAUUCAGAAAUGGAAUAUUCCUUGGGAUCAGCUGCUUAUUCUUUUACCUUUCGGAAAUAAACUGAAAGCUUCUAGCUUCAAGGAUUGUUUGAGCAAUACCGCCAUCGGUGCUAAUGAAUUUUACGUAUAUGAUAGGCGGUUAUUUUCUGUGAUUAAUGAACCUGUAUAUCCACAGCACGAUAUGAGUAGUAAUCCGGAGCUGGCUGAAAAAGUUGAGUCUCUUUUGCAUCUAUUAACACGCGAUAUUCAGUCUAAGAACGAGUGCACAUUAUUUAAGCCAAUAAGCUCUCCAUUAGAAGAUGUAGACCUAAAAUUGGAAAAUCUAAGCCAUAGAACUAUAAUAAGCCUUUUGACUACAAAUUUAGGUUGGUUAAGCGCCUUGGAAAUUGACGUACAUUAUUUCCGUAAGAUGAUUCAAGAAUAUUUAUCGCAAACAUCCUCAAUUUUCAAAUGCUUAAGUAUUUGUGAACAGUAUCUCAAGCUUUACUGUUACGACGUUGAAAAACUAUAUAACUCCAAUGUUCAAUUUCUCAAUCAGCUGGCAGACGACACGUCGUCAAAAAAAUGGAAGGAUUGUUAUAAUAAUACUCUUCUUAGACUGGAUGGAUUAAAUGGAACUCUAGAGCAGUACGUUCAUCGGGAAAUGCUGGAGGAAAAUGAAAUGAAGCUAAUACUAUUGGAUCAAACUAUUGAUAACAAAUUAAAAAAAAUAAGACAGGAGCUUGAUUUCAAUGCUGAAUUAAGGAAUAAGGUAACAAAAAGUGUCGAAUCCAUCCAAAAGGAAUUUGCUCCCGGAAGUAUAAAAGACCGCUUUGAAAAAGUAAUGCUUGAUAAGUUUGAUGAGCUAGUUCAAGAUACAAGAAGUACCAGUCGUGCAAUCCUGGAACAAGAUUUUGCAGAAACACAAAAUUCGGAUUUAGAAAAUGCUCAGCAGUACCUAGAGAGUAUCAAAAAUGGUGUCGCACGUAAACUAUUGACAAUUGCAAAUGCGGUGUAUGCACAGAUUGAACUUGUCCUAGAGCAAAGAGGCUCACUUCAGAAAAGGGCAAUAAUUACAUUAGGUGAGAUCGCUUUUGUUCAGAUGGAAACUCUAGGGAUCAAGAAAAUUUUACUUGAUGAUUGUAAUAAGGAGCUGGAUGUAUAUCAAAAGUUAGAAUUAGAGCUUUCACAAGUCGAGAGUUUACCCUUCAUUUAUGGGCUCUACCUGAUAGAGUGCUACCGACGGCAAAUAUGGUGCACUCUCGUUACUAAAAGUAUAAUCAAGUGCUCAAAGGAGCUGAAGGAUGUUCUUGAAAAGGAAAAGAUAUCUCGAAGUCGAUGGAUAGAGAAAUUCGGUUCGGUUGCUUCUAUUUUCUCUAAUAGUCUUGACGAUCUCUCUGACUUGCACCAGCUAGCUAAAUCAUUCGAUGAAACAUCGUAUUUCCAAACUACAUCUCAAGAAUACUCCACAUCAUCAGAGGACACAAAACAAUUUACACUUCAGGUCAUUGAGAAAUAUAUGAAGCAAAUGAAAGAGCUUAACGUAUCUACGGAGAUUACAGAUAUUUUAUGGCAAAAUUUUUAUGAGGCAAAUAGCCUCAGUCUCGAAUUAUACAUGAAUGAUAAGGAACCAUCAGAUUCGCCCAGAACCAUGACUGCGGGGCAUCAAAUCAAUGGUUAUAGGGCCCGGAUAAAAAAGCUAGAAUCACUUCUUCAUGACGUAAAGUACUCUGACCCCAGCCGUUGGCCUUCUGGAAUACUGAAUUCCAAUUAUAUGCAACCUUUUCACAACAGCAUUACAACGAUAGGCGCAAGAGCCAAAUUAUGUGACUCUAAUAACAGUUAUAAUGUAAUGGAAAUGCAGUUAAAGAUUAAGAAUUUGCAAGAGCUGGCAUAUCAGUCCAAUAAAACUAAUGAUACGAAAGAUUUGCAAUUAUCUGCUGUAAACGCAAAAGUUGCAGAUUUAGAAAUAGAAAACGCUGCUUUUAAAGAGAAUUUAUCUCACUUGAAGAAAGAGUUGGCAAGACUCGCCGUGGUAGAGGAGGAAAAACAGAGCUAUAUUUUGCUUCAGCAAAAGAGUUUCAAAAGUGAUAUUCAAAGUGUAAUAAAGGAAAAUACUAGUCUGGUAGGAGAACUUACCUCAAUAAGUGAAAACUUCAGAAAUGUUCAAGACGAAAGAGAUAAUUUACUACUGGAGUUCAGGAGGCUCAAGGAGAAAUCUGUCAAGCAAAUGGAUGCUUUUACCUCUGAAGGCGAUAAGCUUACCGAACGUAAUAAACAACUUGAAAAUAGUAUGGCUGGCCUCCGAAAGACCAAUGAAGAAUUAGCGUCCAAAAAUACAAAGGCAGUUUACGUCGACGAAGCCACACAAACCGUGGAAGAGCCAAUAGAACAAUCUUCUUUGAUAAGUAAUUCGCAUGAUAUGAAAGAUCUCUUAAAAAGAAUUGAAGCCAGAACUUUUGAAGUUUUCAAGUCUGAUGUUUUCAUUCUGGAAAAUAUUGGAUUACUGCUUGCUUUUGACGAAGAAGGUUUUAUAAAGAUAAAGAGAGUAAAAGGACUAAAAAAGGAUCAAAACGCCAGCAUACUAGAUGAGAGUACACAAAUCCCAGAAAAUGAUACAGUGCUGAAGAGCUCUGUAUUUCGUGGCAUUAAACAGCUUUACAACGAGUUACAAAUUAAGCCAGAAUCGGAUAAGCAUAAUGAUUUUCUUUUCCGCUUGAAUAAGGUGUAUGACGAUAAAUUAUUUGAAAAUGCUGUAAUUGGACGUUUCAAAGAUAUUGAAUUCCUAGCGAAAAAACUUACGAAAGAAAAUAAAAGAAAGAAGGGUCUGCUGGAGACUUAUCAAAAAGAACGAUUGGCUCUCAAUAACUUUCAAGUUGGAGAUCUUGCUUUGUUUUUACCAACAAGGGAAACAAUAUCUUCCUGCGAGUCCUCGGAGUCUUCUUUGAUUUCCUCUUUCUCAUCAGUAGACCUUUCGACCCCUCCACCUUUAGAUGCGUCUAUUGCGGUUGCUUCGUCUGGCGGAAGAAAAGAGAAAAGUGCCAAAGCAAGAAGGAAUCCACCAUGGGCUGCAUUCACCGCCUUUGAAGAUAAUACGAGGUAUUUCCUCAAGGAUGAGAAUGGAUUAACAAAGGGCAGAGAGUGGUUUGUGGGACGAAUUUUGAAUUUAGAGAGUAAUGUUGUUGAUAGACAAAAUUACAAUCCAUACAAGCUUCCUCAGGGGACCGUAUGGUUUCAUUUAAGUGCAACUAUGAUAUCACUUUCAGGCUGA